AUGAAAAUAUGGUUAAUCAAGCCUUCUUUUCAAAAGGUGGCAGCAUCUUCGGGUGAUGUGAGGAUAGCAUUGGCGGUGUGUCGACGCGCUCUGGAGUUGGCUCGGUUGGAAGCUAGACUUGCAAAUGGCGCUGAUUUAAAGGUUACUUAUGAAACAACCAUCACUGGUCGUACUGUCACACCACUUCAAAAGCGCAUAAUGUCUAGCCCGUCCGUACGUACAUCCCUAAGGAAGAGGUGUGCUCUCGCUGAAAGUUCUGUGGAGAGUGAGGAAAACCUGGCCAUACCAAUGGUUCGCCACAUUAGUCAAGCCAUUCAGGAGGUUCAGUCUGGUGGCAGUGUAGUAACUAGCAGAGGUGCCUGCGUCUCUGCCUCUGGCGGGAUGCCUCUGCAUCACAAGUUAGUGCUGGCGGCCUGUCUUCUACUUCGUCGGCUGCGGGGCAUUAAAGAGACUUCGAUGGGUCAGGUGUUCGACGUGUACGUCUACGUCUGUGCACAACGAGGCAAUCUUUCGCCUCUUCAGAUGGAUGAGUUUGUGAGCGUUUGUGAGCUACUCGAAUCCCAUGGCUUAAUUCACCUCGUUGUUGGCACCGGCGCCGGCGCGAUUUCUAUGCCCGCACGUCAAAAACGCCUUUCUCUCCUGCUUGACGAUAAAGGAGUGGAACGAAGUCUCAACGACGACCUCCUAUUUUCGUCCAUUCUCUCCAUCCGGACCUUGCCGUGUUGUCGCAAAGUAUAG